AUGACAAGAAAAGGAAUGCCAGAAGAAAUCACUUCAAAAAAAUCUGGGGACAGUGAAGAGAUGAAAAUGAAGAAAAAAGAACUGAUGAAGCUUGCUCCCGGUGAGUUUACUUUUCGCUAUGGCUCCCCAGUCGGAUGUAUAAAAUGGCACGAUACAAAAGAUGUCCAUAUUAUGUCAACUGCAGUAAAUCCAUCUGAAGUUUCUGUCAUCAAGAGAAAGCAAAAAAAUGGCAAACUGAAAGACAUGUUCUGCCAUAUUGCAAUAACUACAUAUACUCAACAUAUGGGCGGAGUUGAUAAAUUUGAUCACUUUCGCAGCUCCUUUCCUAUUGGAAGAAAAUCGAGAAAAACAUGGUUACUUCUAUUUUGGUUUAUGUUUGAAAGUCCUAUCAUAAAUGCGUACAUUCUAACUGCCAAACUAGAAAAAGAGACAACAUCCAUAGUGAUUUAA